GAAAAACGGGUUUAUAUAACAUUAUCUUCGUGCUAUCGAGUUUCUUCGAAUCUACUUCAACAAGAUGCACAGCGGUAGCUCCAUAUCUCCUAAACAUCCUGCCAUUCCAGUUUCAAUCGGCAUCGCAUCUCUUGUGCUGGAAGGAAGAUCAUCCGCACUUGAUGACAGUUCGAUCAAUGCGUCGACCACGGUUUGUGCCACCUCGAGCGUGCCCAUCGGUGGUCAUGGAAAUGGCAGCGGUGGUGGAGGAGCAGGCGGAGGAUCUGCAACAGGUUCCGGAUCGGCAGGUGGCGACGAUGAGGAGGAAGGUGGUGGGUUUUGUGGGCAAAGGCGUACGAGCGAGAGCGCCGGUGGAGCGUCCUCGCUUCAGCAGUGCAGUCUAAUGGCCAUCAAUGAAUCACAGAAAUCGCUAGCCUGGACCUGCUGCCAUACACCGAACGAAUCGCAACGAAUCAACCUGAAGCUGCAGCAAAUUCGCUCCUCCUGUCCGAGCACGAGCAAGAACGAGGUGCAGCAGCUGGUGACGGUGUCGGGCGAACCGAACCGUUUGUCGAGCGGGCGCAGACAUGAAAGGGAAAUUUACGAUUCAUUCCCUAGUGUGGUAUCUCCGCACGAUCCAGUCGCUCGAGCGUCCUCCUCAUCAUCAUCGUCAUCGACUGCAUCGUGGUUUCCGCACGAGCUGCCAAUUUCUACCGCUACCGCUGGUGUCGUCAUCUAUAGUGGAUUCGAGAAAAUGAACGUACUUGGUACCGUGUCGCCCAUCAAGAACCAUCCGAUCGGCAAUAGCUUCAUAAACUUUUCCUCCACCUCGUCAUCGGUUUCUGCCACACCGUCGUCGUCGUCGUCGUCGGCAUCGGUCAGCUCUGGUCAGCCCCGCAAGCCAGCGAUGGGCUAUGCUUCCUCUAAGCUGCAAACGUCGUCGGGCCCGCGGGAAGGACCCCACUGUGAACAGUUUCUAAAGAAAAUCGGACUCACCAAACCGGACACGGCUGACGGACCGGAGCAUCACUGCAGCUAUCGCAACAAAUACUGCCUUCGCUGGCAAGUUUAUUUCAAGCAGCUUUCGUCUAUCCUCACGAACGGUGAAGCAGUUUGUAUCGAGGUUUAUCUUGGGCCAGAAAACCACACCAUUCUUUUGGAGCAAUGGAUUCUGAAGCUGGUAAUGACAAAAUCUCCGGCGACCAUGACCAUCCAGUCACUGUGUGCGGCCAUACGUAGUCAGCUGUACUUUUCACAAAUAUCCGCCUGGACCGAUCUGAUAAAGAAAUCACUAGAACCGGACAUUUUCUCGCAUCCACGCAUAAAAAAGAUAAUCCCUGCGGGCGUCUGCAAAGCUGGCGGUGGUUCUGCUCGCUUUUCAUUGCCGCAGGCAAAGCUCGAUAUUCUGUUUCGCAUUCGAACAUACGACAAUACAGCCUGUUUUAACGAGAAGCCGAAUGUACACAACUUCCCUGAUGCGAGCGUGGCGGAAAAUUUUGUAAUUCAGGUCUGUCUGAAAAGCUUACCACGGCUUGACCGCAUACCGGGUAUCGAUGCCGCCUUGGAUGCAGCGAAAAUGAUUGCGUGUUUGCAGAAGCAGCAGCAAGUCGAUCGCAUACCUUUGCCAUGUCACGAGAAAGGCAAACAUCGAUGCGCUUUCCGUGUGGAGCUGGAGGAAGAGGAGGAUGAGUACGAUCCAUCCAUGAUGGAAGGGGCGGCUGAAGGCGAUGGAGGUGAUGGUGACGUUGGUGGUGACGACAGUUUGCUGCUAACAUCGGCCGCCAUUAGCCACCGCGAGAAACAGCUGCUUAAGUACCGGAAAAGGAUGUUGAAGCGUGAAAGGAAAAAGAAAACAGGUAAUACCGCAGACGGGAACAGUAAUGGCAACUCCACUGGGAGUAAUACUAGCAGCGCGGGUGGCAGUGUCUGCGAUCGGAAUGGUUCAUCAACAGACGGUUCAUCUUACUUAUCAGCGAAAAGUUACAUCAGUGGUCAGGUUGUUCUCAACGCAGGAGCGAAGCACUCGUCAGCCGCCGCAGGAACCCUAGGAUUAAACAAUGGUGUCAGCAUGAUUGCAAACGAUGGGUGCAGCAACGGAACCUGCCGUAAUGCAUUGACAUCCUCGAUCAACUCGAUUCAGCCUCCGCUUUACUCCUCAAACGAUCAUCAUCAGGCAAUGAUGGUUUGUGAUGACCGUUUUCAUCCAAUCGCUACCAACUCAAAAUCCACCCAAACCGCCACAUCAGGUUUAUCGAACGAUAUGAUACCGCCGGUCGUGUCCGUAGCCACACAAACCGAUCCCACAGUGGCACCGGUUUGCAACGAUUGCAACAAUCGUGCGCGGGAAGCAAACGGAAGCGGCGUAACUGAAUCCUCUGCGAUGGGCGAUAAACAGGUACGGAAAGGUACGGAAGUUAGCCAAAACAUCAACCACGCUAGUAGCAGCAUUAGCAGCACAAACCGUGAUAGAUAUAUGCAAUAUUUUAACGAUUACUAUAGGACUUACAAUAUUAUCAAUGAAAACUGUGAUAAGGGUCCAGCAGCGCCUGUGGGAUGUGUUAGGCAGACACGAAACGAUGUGCCGAUGGAUGAAGGUAGCUUUUCGAGCGUCGUCCAAAAGCCGAGGGCGAAUUGUGCCGAUGUGAGCAGUUACGAUUUGCCCAACACCGCUGUUCGUCGACCGUGUUUCAUUGUCGGAGGAGAUGGAUAUGAGGGCGAUGAGGAUGACGACAGCAGUACCCAGAAAAGGAAUCGUGCAAUUGAUUCUCCCAUCCUCCAACAGGGAGAUCUGCUCCUUCAAGCCAUUCAAAGAACUGCCAUGCUAAACGGGUCCGGAGAGCAGCAUAGCGAGAAGCAAGAGAUCGCUAAAAAUGGGCAUGGACAUAUGGCGUUAAACAACAACAACUACACCACUGCGAACAACAACAUCGUUGAGUGUGUAACAGUGAACGGUGGCAGUGGCGGUGGAGUUAAGAUUGUCGCCAACAUGCAGCAUGGCCAGCAGAUAGAGGCCGGGCGCAACGAGAAGGAGGACAGGGACAGUAUCAAAUUGGCAGCAAAAUGUGAAUCAAGCGAUUGUGAUACCUUCAGCAAGGAAAAGAAGCUAGAUUUAGGUGACUGUCGACUGUGCAAGCGACAAAAAACGAAGCAUAAUUUUAAACUAAACCUUACUACGCUGUUAUCCUCGUCGUUAGCCUUUAAAGGGCCGUCGCCAGUUUCGUACUCCUCGAAAAAGGAAGCGGUGAAGAAAAAUAUGAUCACUACCACCACUGUACUGGAUUGUGGAACCGCCCCACCCGGUUGUCGACGAACGCUGUCGGAGAGUCUAGUCGGACAUCUUACCAUUCCCGAUUCCUCCAGCACAACGUCCACGAUAAGCGGCCAUAGCGCAGCUAGGUGUGAAAGCAGUGUUGGCGAUACCGUUCAUUCUGUCCAUGGACUGAACGAAGGCCAUGGUAUGCUGUAUCCGGACGGUGAAGAUCUUAGCCCGAGUGAUAGUCCGAUGCUGAGCAGUUCGACGGGUACGGUUGGAAAUGGUGUUUUUACCUUCGAGCAGAUGAAAUCUUACAGGCGUGCGUUCUCUGAAGAUGUGAUUGACACGAUAACCACGGGAACCAGGGCGUACGCUAUCAAUGAUCGUAAUCAAGCCACUGAAGAGGACAGCACCGAGGAUGAUGGCAGUAAUGGCGGUGAUAAUGAGAACGAUCAUGUGUUUUCGAAAGAGCGUAGUGCACACAAAAUGUGUGGCUGUGUUGCUAAUCGUCGUUCGACCAAUGAUGAACGUUCACACGUGCAGGGAACGACAGGGAAAUGUGGACAUCAAAUUACACGUUGUCAUCGACCUCAUACUUCGACACCGGCAGCAGCGAAUGGUAAAGAUUGUAAGGAACCACUAUAUAUCAGUUGUUCAGAGACGGAUUGUUCUGUAAGCACGGCCAGCAGCGUUUCACCUCAUAAAAAACAAAUUCUGAGUUGUACUGCAAUUGGGAACACCAGACUAUCAGCGGAAACUAAUGCGACCAACGGAAAAGAGGACUGUUGCAGUAACCCAAAGCAGCAGCAUGUACCACAUAAACCAUCCUCGAAAAUCAACCUCAAUUACGUGUUUUGUUUAUCUCCUUUGGCACGCGAUGACUCCGGCUUUACGAGCGGAAGUAGCCCGGCCACAUCGACCUCCUUUCCCGCAACAUCUCCAAUUGCGAUCGAUGGCGCAGGAACGUUCGGUCAUUGCACGAAAAGUACGCGUAAUGUGAAUGGCACGUCCAGUACCGGGUUGUUUCGUUAUGAUUUUGAGGAAACACCUGUUAGUCCUGUUUCGGGUACGGUUAAAUCUAAAUCAGCCCCGGCAUUUCCAUUCUCGCCACCAUCUGGUGGUGGUGCUCUUUCGCCACGCUUUUUCCGAAAUGCACAACGUCACCAUCGUACGCGUUAUCCUUCGGAGCGAUCUUCCUUCUCAGAGAGAUCAUCGAUCGGUUCGGAUGAACAACUAUCGGAUGAUGAUCUGUCGUCAUACUUGCUGGAUUCAUCGAACGGUGGUAGCUAUUGCAGUCCGCUCUCAGGACAUCAACAACUGCCGAUUGAGGAUGGUACCGUUGGGUCGGCAUUGAAGAUGGGUCGUUAUACGGCGCGUUCCCCAGCAUGUCUUCUACCCACGGCGCAGAUGUUGAGUAAGGUGCUGAACAGGAAUUUAUUCAAGUUUGGCCGUGCACCAAUGCUGGGAACGCUAGAAGAGUCACUGCUGCAACGUCGUCUCACCCCAAAAUACCAGGUUGCUGAUUUUAAGGUGCUGCUUGGUGCUUCUGGUAGCUUCUGUCCGACGCAACUUACCAUACCAGCAGCAUCCUAUUUCUACGAGCUCCCUGGGCAACAUUUAACCACACCGUAUGUGUGUGAAUUACGUCUUCCAAGAAAGGGAUAUUCAAUACCGCGCACCGGCACCGUCCAAGCAACGUUGCUCAACCCCUUGGGAACGGUGGUGCGGAUGUUUGUCGUUCCGUACGAUUUUCGAGAUAUGCCAGCAAUGUCCACUACCUUCAUACGGCAGCGCAUACUCGCUUGCGACGACAGCAGCCUUAAGCUGCUCGGCAAAAACAUCGAACAACUUAGCAAUGCUGAACAAAUGAAGCUACUUCGUUAUGCGAUCCAUUUGCGGUUUCAAACAUCGCGAUCUGGAAAAUUGUCGCUUCAUACGGACAUCCGGCUGCUGAUAUCCCGCCGCACGGACUGUGAUACGGCCGCUGCCCAUGCGAAAAAUUUGCUCGAGUCCCCGAACGAACUGAAAGUGGUUACCAUUAUACCGGAUAGUCCCAAAUUUAGUUUACGUAUCGAUAAGCAACAGUAAUGUUUCGUUGCAAAAAUGUCCCACAGGAAGAAUAACGCUCUCGAGAAAAGUAUAGGUCCGAAUCGAAGCUUGUCAGACCCGAGCUUGUGAAUUUGGCGCUUGUAGAAAGCCACAGGCAUACGUUCUCCGCUUUCUUCCAGGAACAAACACUUGAGGGUGAUUUAUGUUUGGAUUUCAGUUUUUUUUAUUUUUUAACCUUUGCACAUACUCUGGUCGUUUGGUAAUAGUAAUCGUGCAAAACGUUAUUCAUUAGGCAGUUUUACUUGUUUACGCAAUUUUACUAUAGCAAUAUGAAUUACAUUGUUCCAAAAAUGUCUCUGUUUGUCAUACUCGUAUUUGAGUUAUUUAAUUUACCAUUCAACAUUGUGUAAUCUGGGGCUCGAUUAGCUUACAGGCUAAGCGUUGUGCAAAUCACGUAAAAUGAGCGUUUUUCUUCACGCCGGUACUCUUUAUAGAAUUACUGGGGGGUUUGAAAAAGUUGCAGUUAAAUUGAAUCAUGUUUUGUUUUUCUUUAAAAAAUAGAAUUGCCACUUUCACAGUGGAGUGCAAUUUGGACGUGUCACGAGUAAUUGUGAUGAGCAAAAACUUUAGAAUCGAAAGGAAUAAACCGUUUGGCAAACUUCGAGAAGUCGUUAAAACCAUCUGAAAGAUACAAGCAAUUGUGAUUAAUAGAUCGGUUUAGAUUUAUGCUGUGAUUGAUAAAAGAAGCGUAAAUGAUAUAUUAGAAGCAAACGCAAACAACUGUGUGUGUAUAUGCAAAUGGUGUGUAUGCGAUCAACAAUGAAAAAACGAUAACAAAAAAAGAGAAAAAAAUAUUAUCAUUCCGGAACAAAUGGAAAAUGUUGCAACACAUAAUGUGCAAAUAAAAGAAAACAAGCAAAAAAGUGACAUUAACAAGGGAAAAUGACGAAAAGAUGUAUUUCUUUACGAGAGCGCGUUUCAAGCUUCCGAGUUAAAGACGGGAGGUGAACAAACGAUAAAACAACAGCUGUAAAUAGGACAUUCUUAAAUGUGAUGCCAAGAAGAAAGCACGAAAGGAUGGAAGGUGUUGUUAGUGUAGAUCGAUCGUAUGUUUCUUUUUGGUUUAUCACGCAUGUGCAGUGUGACAAAAUGUGUAACCAUAACCGCGUUAUGGUGAUUCAGCGUUAUUGUUUCAGUUAAUGUUUUCCUUCGGACAAUAUUUUACCUUCGUCCCCGUAUCGCUGCUGUUUGUUACACGAUCGUAGAACAUUAAGCGUAGAGCAAGAGCAAUACCUGUGAUGCUGAGUUUUGUUCAUCAAGUUAAUCCGAGUCGUCUUCAACGAAACAAUUUCUCUCGUCUCUGGAGAGUAUAAUCUUUUGCAAAUGCAAUUCCUUUCUUCUCUCCGUGUUAGUGAAAUGCUUGCGAUAAUAAUGAUAUAUCCUAUCGAUGGUUAGUAAAAAAAGCAACAUACAACUGUUAUCGAAUGGGGAAUGAGCGAUACAUGCAUACAUAUUAGAUUCAACACACUGCCAUAUUAGCAGAAUUGGGAGAAAACCGUGGAAGGAAGAACAUAAUAAUGCGCACUAGUGGCGAUAACAAUUCAACACACAAUCCGCUAAUCGAUGCAUGCGUUAAAAGUUGUACUCCAAAAAAACGUAGCUAAAGGUCGGUCUUAUAGAGUCUAGUGUUAUGAAAAUGUCUAUACCGGCAUUUAAUAGCGCCGUGUUGCAACCGAAACGGGGGCUCUAUAUUUGUAUGUAAUAAUGGUGCUUUUUCUCCUAGAUAAACAAAAGGCGAAUGAAUAGAAGAUCCCUAUUGUUAUUGUUCUUUUUGGACAAAAACAUCAAAUAUCAUUUUGUCAUUGGUAGCAGAUGAUGGAGAUAUCUGUGUGGGAAUGUUGAUCAUGCAUGUUGAUGCAUUCAGUUAAAACGAUCGAGCAUCGGUAUCACGCGUGCAGCAUGGAUUAGGCAAAUUAUUUCAAGUUGUGUUCCCAUGUUUCAUGCACACACACAGCGUGUAUCGUGUUGUCGGCUGCAGAUUAGGACGACGGAAAAAUUAGAAUGAAAACAUUGAUAACCGCCACCGAUAUAUGAGUUUUGCGAUUGCGAACCUAACUGGAAUGAAACACAAAAAUACACGUGGUACACAAUACAUAUACGUGGUGCAGCACACAGCGCUAGAGAUAUAUAUAUAUAUAUAUAUAGCGCAGCGCAGGACCAGCAUGUGUGGAAACAUAAGGAGCACAUAAAACAAGCAAACAUAAGUAAACUAGUCACCGAACAUAGAAUCGAACCGUUUUAUUCACUGUGGGAGUACAGGCGAGCAAAUUCUUUACUUUACUAACCACCGGAAUCCAGGCUAAACAAAAACAAACAAAAAAAAAACAAACGUCCACCACGUUUUCAAUUACCAUCCAAAUAAAUUUCCCAAUCGUUACACGACAGCUAGUAAUUGUAAAGUAGAGUUUGAUUUGAUAUGCUCCUAAACCUUAAAGUAACAAUAUCGCGUGUGCUCUCAGAAUCGGGCAGGGUACGAUUCAAUUGUACGGCUCUGCGCCAUCAAACAGUGUGGAUCUAUUUUAUGUAAAAUCUCCCCCUACUCGUCGUUGUAUAGUUUAUGUUUUUCAAGCUCUGGUAGACGCGCGAUCGCGCACACAAACAUCGUAGACAUAGAAUGGGCAACACACGAAUUCAACUGCUGGAUCAGAGUGAAAGUUAAACCAAAAAUUAAGCAAACAUUAUACAAGAUAAAUAAGACGGUAGAAAAAAGAAAGCAAACAUCAACAAAAAAAUCGAACAAGGGUCGAAAACAUUGUAGUAGCAUUACAAAGUAACACAACAAUGAAGGGUGUGCGAUAUGCGUUGAAAAGAUACAGGCAAUCGAAUGGGAAAGGAGGAAAUAAUAUUAGCAAAAAGCAAACACACCCACACAUACACAUAUACACACAUACAUAUAAUGCGCGUGGAAUGCAAAAAAUGACGAAGAAAAGUAACAGAAUAACAAUAUACAUUUACUAUAUAUUUAUAUAUAUACAUUUUUUCAGAAAAGUAAUGAAAAAUAUUUAAUAAAGUAAUAAAGAACAAUUGAAUAAUAAUUCACUAGAUGUUCAGUUAAA